AGAUUAACUAUCGUAUAAAAUAUCGAGUAAAGUUUUUAACGUGGACGAAAUACCAAUAAUUUUACUCCCGUCACUAGUUGAAAGUACUUGCAAGUUUGAACAAAACGUCAAAACGAGCAUCUAGUUUGGCCAGAGAUCAUCUUUGAAAGUGUUUGCACGUGCGAUAUGAGUUCCGUUGCAGUUGCCACUAUUGAUGAGGCCCCCAUUUCGAGUGUUACACCUGGUCGAAGUCAAGCACUUUGCCACUAUUACUUGCGGGGCGUUUGUCGAUUUGGUGACAAUUGCCGCUACUCACAUGACUUAACCUUACAACAAGGCCAAUCCGAUGAGGAGCUGCCUGGCGGAGAUUCAACAACAACGGAAGCUAAUGCAGAUGCUAAGGCCAGCACAAGUCGACGCAAUUGGGCUAAUGCGCCCGUUUUUGUGCCUGGGCGACUCUAUGCAGUCGACGAGUCUGCGUCUUCUAGCAGUGCAGCAGUGCAAAACGGAAUCUCUUGGGCCGAGAUUGUCGGUGGUCCGUCCACAAAUGAUGAGCCUGUGAAACUGGCUAAGCCGCAGUCCUUAGAGCAGGUUUGCCCCUAUGAGAAUCCUUGUCCAUAUCGCCAGUAUUGUCCUUACCGCAUACACUUGGAGUUAUGCGAAAUGUGCGACCAAUUCUGCAUGCAUCCUACGGACCAAGCUCAGCGCAAGAAACACAAACGUGAUUGUCUGCAGCAGCAUGAACAGGCAAUGGAGCUAUCCUUUGCAAUUGCCCAAUCCAAGGACAAGACCUGUGGCAUAUGCUUCGACACGAUUAUGGAAAAAGUCGGAAAAGAGAAGCGUUUCGGCAUUUUGCCCAACUGUAAUCAUAUAUUUUGCUUGGAAUGCAUUCGUACAUGGCGUCAAGCAAAACAGUUUGAGCAUAAGAUUACCCGCGCUUGCCCUGAAUGUCGCGUGUGCUCAGACUUCGUCUGCCCUAGUGCCUUUUGGGUUGAAACUAAAGAGGAGAAGGACAAGCUGCUCAAUGACUAUCGUGCAGCCCUCGGUGCCAAGGACUGUAAAUAUUUCAAAAAAGGUGAAGGAAAGUGUCCGUUUGGCAACAAAUGUUUCUACAAGCAUGCACUACCCAAUGGUGACAUUGUGGACGUUGGAUUGCCAAAACGAGCUCGCAAAUUGCACAGUCAGAACGAGUUAAUUGAUUUACUGGAUAUUUAUCUCUGGGAAUUUGUUGACCGUCGCGAUUAUCACUGGCUUGAGUUACUCUCUAGUGAUAUAAGCGAUAGUUCCGAUUAUACGGAUGAAGAAUAAGCCGCUCUGUGCGCGCACUAAGAACAAUAAUAUAUAAUCGGAGUAACUAUAACUAAUAAUACGUAUAUAUACAUACAUAAAUACAUAACUAAAAGUUAAAUUCAAAAAGAGGAAAAAUAACGUAAACCCUAAAAUGCUGAUAUAUUCAUAUAUUAUUGCAUAAAAAAUCGAAUGUGUAAUUAAAAAUAAGAGAUC